GUAGACAACUCAUCGUAUUUCGUUCCACUGGCGAGUAUCACACCAGUUAGAGUGUGGGGAGGCUGAGCAGAGCGCACAGCUACAGUCAGCGAUCCUCAGAUGUCAUGUAAAGUAACUGGCAGAACAGUGGAAAUUUUUAUCUGAGAGGAUGAUGACUGUGCUUUAAAAGCACUGAAAUACGCACGAUUCUUUUUUUUUAUUCAUAGGAUUUCAUGUGCGCGCUAAAGUGGCCAUGGCGCAUUUUACGCACUACAGGUAACCAGUGUUUUGGAGGCCAAAACAACCAAAGCAUGGAUUAAACUGCAAGUAUUUUCCCCCACUUUCUUCAGCAGAGCUGAAAUGGCGGCACUUCGUAGAAAAUUUGGCGAAGACUAUCAGGUGGUUAACACAAAUCGGGCUUCAUCUUUUUCUGCUCCGGUCAAGAAAAAACGCCAGCGUUUCGUGGAGAAGAACGGUCGCUGCAAUGUGCAGCACGGAAACCUCGGUGGAGAGACCAGCAGAUACCUCUCUGACCUGUUCACCACUUUGGUAGACUUAAAGUGGCGAUGGAACCUACUGAUCUUCAUCCUAACUUACACCAUCGCAUGGCUGGUCAUGGCAUCGAUGUGGUGGGUCAUUGCGUACAUCAGAGGAGAUUUAAAUCAUGGCCACGACUCAUCCUACACCCCCUGUGUGGCCAAUGUUUACAACUUCCCCUCAGCUUUUCUGUUCUUCAUCGAGACUGAGGCCACAAUUGGUUACGGCUACCGGUACAUUACGGAGAAGUGCCCGGAAGGCAUAAUCCUUUUCUUGUUCCAAUCGCUGCUGGGCUCCAUAGUGGACGCUUUUCUCAUCGGUUGUAUGUUCAUAAAAAUGUCCCAACCCAAGAAACGCGCAGAAACGCUCAUGUUCAGUCAGGACGCGGUGAUUUCUCUGCGAGACGGCAAACUGUGCCUCAUGUUCCGUGUGGGCAACCUACGGAACAGCCACAUGGUGUCCGCACAGAUCAGGUGCAAGCUUAUAAAGUCUCGUCAGACACCUGAGGGCGAGUUCCUGCCUCUGGACCAGUGCGAAUUGGAUGUAGGCUUUGGAACGGGUGCAGACCAGCUCUUUCUGGUAUCCCCUCUCACCAUUUGUCAUGAAAUUAAUCCCAAGAGCCCCUUUUUUGACCUAUCCCAGCGCUCUCUCAUGAGUGAACAGUUUGAAAUUGUCGUUAUCCUCGAGGGCAUCGUUGAAACUACCGGUAUGACAUGCCAGGCAAGAACGUCAUACACUGAGGAUGAGGUUUUAUGGGGCCAUCGUUUCCUACCAGUAAUGUCCCUGGAAGAGGGUUUUUUCAGGGUCGACUACUCUCAGUUCCACAGCACGUUCGAGGUGCCGACACCACCGUACAGUGUCAAGGAGCAUGAAGAGAAGAAUUCUCUCCCAUCGCCUCUGUCUACUCCUACCCCCGCACUGACUGAGAGCCACGGUGCCCGACGUGACCGCGUGUUUUCUGUGGAUUGUAUUAACACUACUGAGGAAAGGGGCCAUCAUGUAGGGACUGGGGUUCGACUUCCAAGCAAAUUGCAGAGGAUGAGUUCAUCGGGGAAGGAGGACCUUCAGAGGAAAGUGCUUAUGCUUAGCUCCCAGCACUCAGAGAAGGCCUGCAGCACCGGAGACCUCCCCCUAAAGCUGCAACGUCUCAGUUCCUCACCUGGCCCCGAGGCAGCAAAUCGUCUAGGGUUAAAGUCUCUCAAGGUGGGCUUUGAACCCAUGACCCAGUCAACUGGAGACCUGUACCAACACAGCCUGCCAUCCACGCUGUCCCCUGCUCCGGUUCCCAUGCACAGCCCACUUCUUUCAGCCGGUGGGAGGUUGGAGGAUAACUUGCCACCAAAGCUAAGGAAGAUGAAUGCCGACCGCUGAAAUCCAGACAGUCCUGGACUAUAACAACAUACAGACAGUGACCUCUGACCACAAACACAUGAAAAGAAGAGUCAAAGAUGUACUUUACCCUUGGAGGCUUUGAUUAAAACAAAAAAACAAGAGGUUUAUUCAUUUUUAUUUCUUGAGACUAAAUCUUUACUGGAAUUACUGUGAUUUUGUGCUUAGCAGAGGCUAUGCUAUUAUUAAUUUACGCUUUGGUACACAAAACCAGAAAACACAAACUUUGAGCUUAAAGCAAACUUGAUUAUUCUGCAAGAGUUGUGCAUGUAUACACUAAAUCCAUUGUUUAAUGUAUGCACCACUACACUUAACUGUCAAUCUUAGUUUUAUCUAAAUAUAAAUUAUAUUAAGAUGAUAAUAAAUGCUGUUUGAUCUUUCUCUUUAUUGUGUUUUUAUUACCGCCCCCCCAGAAUUUAUUAUGUUUACAUUAAAAUUUUUAGUGCUGCAAUUCUGCCAAAUAUCAAUAAGUAAUCCAGCAGUGCGAUGCAAUUGUAGCUUUAAUAGGCUGUUGUUAAUGCCCGUAAUUUUACCACAUUGGCAAGCGACACUAUGCAGGAACAAUCCCAUAACUCCGUGGUGCAGUAAGUGGCUAUCAGAGAGAGGGAGAUGAUAAUGAGAUACACUGCUGUUAAGAUGGAAAAUAUAAAUAUGUGUUUAUUGGAGAAUGGAAGCUGAUUAUAGAUGACCUGUUAUUGCAGACUGAAUGUGGUCAGCUGAGGCAUCCUGUUUAACAAGCAUAUCCAAACGCAGUAUAUUUCAGAACACACGACCACACCAAUUUGGUUAGUGGGGCUUAUUGUUUUUUAUCAACUUAUGCCAACACAAUAGAUUUAUUGAACUGUCAUUCUGCAUGUGGUCAGCAUUUGUACCAAAAGCAGGUGAAAUAGUAGAUUGAAAGUGUAGGACAACCCUGAACACAUAGGGCUUAAUGAAAUCCAAGUAUAAACACACAACACAGCAUGGAUGCAAUUAAGGAACAAAAACAAAAUCAUCAUCAUCAAAUACAGAGUCAGCAUAUCCAGAGAAGACCAAAGCCUCAAUUUUCCUAUUGUGAGGAAGGAAGGGAGGGAAAAGGAUUUUUGACUGGCUUUAACAGUACGCACGGGGUCUCCCAUCAAUCUGCAGCUUCGGCCACCCACUCACUUUACACAGAGUCUACAUAUGCUUCACACACUCUAUUCCUGUAAUAUAGCUGCACUGAGAGCUUUGAGUGCGCUUGUAUGUUUGCUAACUACGCAUGUGCUUUGCCACUCUUCUCAUGCUGUGUAUGAUUUGCCAGAAGUGGAUAAUAAUAGCUUUACUGAAAGAAAGAAAGAGUGUGAUAAGUUAGGAGAAAGAAGAAAGUUCUGAUGAGAGUGAGACAGUUUUAUGUAGCUAGCUGUGGUUCAUUUUUUACAUUUUAUUUCACAAUCUAUUGAUUGAAUGAUCAAUAAAGUUGAAGUAUUAUGGUUUUUUAUGUAAUAGGCUAAUAAAU